AUGGCGUCGAAACCGGACUAUCUGGUUUUCGGGUCGGCCUUCGGCUUCGAAGCCCUCGCCAUCCCCCUGUGCACCGGGGGCGGACCUCUUCCGAGCAGGCACUGCAGCGUCCUGCUUGUUGUGCGCCCUGGCGACCUGCUUUUUCCCGACGAGGAGGAGAUCGGGACCUUCUACCGCCACCUCGACCCCAAGACCUCCUCCAAGCGACACGAGGAGGAGGCGGCCAACGUUUUGAGGUUUUUCGGCGAAUGUGUGAAGGCGGAGUUGAGCCGUGAGGGAAGGGGGUGGACGGCUAAGCCUCCUUUCGCCGAAGUCCUGGCCGAACGACUAGAGAGUCUUGCCGCCCCCGUCCGUGAUGUGAGUUUCCUACGUCGAUGUCGCAUUGUCGCCUGGGCUAUCGUCGUCGAGGCGUCGACUCACCCUUGUCGUGGUCGCCAUGUGCUUGGGAUGUUGAUGCAGAAAUCGCCCGACAUCCUCAGGCAGGAGGUCGCCGGCACGGGGCUGCUGGCGGUCAACGUGUUAGCGUGGUCGUUGGAGCAUCUGGAAGACGUGCAUCGCAGCUACGAUCCGCUCAUCGUCGAGAACCCGAAGAUGGUCGGCUUGAAGGCGCUUCGACUGGAGCUGGUGCACCACGUGGAGAAGGCCGCGUCGAACUCACGGGAGGCGGCGUCGACCGUGGGUUGUGGCGUCGGAGCCGGCAUCGCUCUGGGUGGGGAGGCCGAGGAGGCUGCGGCGGGGUCGCACUCUGGCGGGCACGGACCCACAGAUGGCGGCGAGGAGGAGCACGAGAGGGAGGACGGGGAGGGGGGCGGGGAGCAGGACGGUGGCUCGGACGAGGAGGAGGAGGACGAGAAGCGUGAGGAGGACGAUGUGGUUGUCACCGGCGAAGUGGAGGCAGUACAGUUCGCCGGUGAGAAGGUUGCGGAUAAGAGCGGCGGCAGCGGACCCAAGUCGGGCAAGAACGCGCGGGGCAGCGGUGGCUCGACCCCGACUAGGAUUGCGUCAAAGGCGGCUGUUGAUGGUAUGAAGGUGGCGGAGAGGGAGAACAAGAAGCUGAGGGAGAAGUUGGUGGCGGAAAAGAGGCUGGAGCACCAGACGGCCCGGAUUGACGCGCUUUACUCCAUGGUCACCGCGACUGUGAACAAGCUCUUGACGGUCGCCGAGAGUGUGACCUCUCACGAGCAGACGUCGGGGAGGAGCCUCCAAACGGCGGUGGACACUAUGAGGGCGGUCGUGCAGGAGGCGGUGAGCUAUCGCGUCUCCACCCUAGAAUUCAUGAACGCGCAGUGGCUGCCCACCUUGCGGGCCCUGCACUUGACGGCUACUGCUGCACAGAGUAGGCGACAUGAGGACGACGUCCUGCUAUUGCGAGGCGUGGCAGAUGCUCUUGGCGAGAAGAUCAAAACCGUCAUGUCGGCUGAGGUGAAGGCGGCCAUGGAGAGCGAGGCGCAGGGGAUCGCCGCUGCCGUGACUGCGCAAGUCGUCCAAGAGCUUAGGGACAACCUGGUGAAGGCGGUCACCUCCGCGACCCAACAGGGCCUUGGUACCGCCGGGUUUAGCCUCCUCCCAACUGCUCUCGCGUCGGUGAUGCACGGCGGUCGCGCAACCGCCGAGGAGCAUGGGCCGGCGCCAAGGCAGUCGGGGAAAAGGGUCGCCGACGAAAAAUCCCUGACCGGCGACCAGACCAGCGGCAAUAAGCGAAGCAGAGGACCCGCGGCGAAACGCGGUGUGGGCGUGGACCCUCCCGCCGCUCCGUAUCCAUCGUUCGACGAGUAUCUGAAAUGGCUCGAGGAUCAAGGUCAGAAAACCCCGGUAAUUCCUCCGACUCACAGCAACCAGGCGGUUGACCAAGGAGUAGAGGCAGCGAACGUCACGGCGGCGACUGCAGGGCCGAGUGCCUCAGCGGUGGAGGCAGCUGUGUGGAGAGUGGUGGAAGAGGCCGGCGGGGUGGACGAAGAGAUCCUCGCCAGCAUCGUAAUGCCGGACCGGGAAAUCGAGGUCAUGCGGGAAAAACUACAAGCAGCAGCUCCCACCUUGGGAGCGCAACAGGGUACACCCGCCGCCUCGACUGCUCCUGCGGAGGACCAUAGCGCGGCUGGCGCCAAAUCCCCCCCGGCCACGACCGGUGAGGUCGGCGACGGGAAGCACAAGCGCAAGGGCAAGGACAAGGCGAAGGGCGGCCCGGCGAAGGCCGGCUCUUCCAAGGGGACGUCCAAAGCGGUUGCGCAGGGUUGGAAGGGUUCAGGCGUCCGCGUUGACGCUUCAACGGGGCUGGCCACGUCGGAGAUGAAGUUUGGGAAGAAGAGCCGUUACAUCUGCCGGUCGAUGGACAAGUCCGAGGCCGCCUACUGCAUCGCUGUCGCCGUUUCGUCGUACGACGGCUUCGUCAGCGACGUGAUUCUGGACGAGUUCGGUGGGGUCAAGGAGGAUGUGAUGGCGCAGUAUAAGGCGGAAUGGAAUUUGGCGCGAUUGAUUCCGGGGGCCAUGUGGACGGUCAUGUGGACGGUCAUGUGGCGCGAAUGUCUUCCGCGACAGACCAACGCCACCGCGGAAGUAGCGGCCGGCGAAAGGGGAGCGGCAGCGAUCGUGCGCGGAGCGUCCAAAGAGUUCGCGAAGAGGUGUAAGAGCGUCAUCGAGGUGGUGCUUCAACGGGCGUCGUCCCGGAAGGUCGGCGUAGAAGAGGUCGCCGACACGGUGACGAAGGACCUGCAUGGCGUUGUGCUGAGGUUGCUGCCUGAGGACGGCGACGAGCGCGACCACGACGAUCUGAUCGCCCGUGUCAUGAUCGAGAACCUCGCCUUCUGGGGGGACUGCUGUGUCGGCGGACCCAAACUCAAAGCGCGCGGCGUCAAUUUGCCUCUUGACGCCGGGAUGAAGGUGAUCGUUCGGAACAGGGGGGCAAGGGAUCAGCACAAAGGGAAGCAGGCGGCCGACGCCUAG